AUGGCCAUCGCAAUUCUUCCCUCCCAGAACUGCUUUCAAGGCCGGUUUCGGCACGAAGCCCUGACCCUAACUCCUCUCAAACCUCGCCGAUACUCUAACCCCGACAGCCCUCAGUCCCGCCGGCAGAAGCGAAGUCCUGAUCGUAAUCGGAGAGAUGGAUCCGUGGCGGCAAGGUUUCCCGCCAAGAACCUGGUCAUGGGGCAGGUCAAGAUCCUUAGGCGCGGAGAGACGUUAAGCCAGACGAAGAGUUACGAUAAUCGGAAGCCGAGGGCGAAGAAGGAAAAUGAUUUGAAUUUGGUAUUGCGAUCCACUGACAGGCUUGGUCCGGCCCCGCUGACGGUCCAGAAGUAUAUUAGGGUAUCGGAGUUAAAGGUCGUCGAUGAAAUAUAUGCCGGAUCGGCCUUCGUCGCGUCGCCUCCUCCAAGUUGCCUACCUGUCCCGUGCUUCUUGGGUAGAAACAACGGAUCGGCCACGAGCGAUUUGCGUCGAUUAUUGCGCCUCGAUUCGGUCUGA